AUGGAUUUACCGCAGAACCCAUGCGGCACUAAUGAGCCUCCAGCACCUUCCCAUACUAAUACGCUGCGAUUAGACGUAGGAGACCUUCUGUAUUUGAAAAUGCAGGACUAUAUGAUGUGGACUGAUGUGAUAAUAUCUGCAAUUACACAGUCCCAUGGGGCACCAGAUAACUUUCAGAGGUUCUCGGCAUCAUCAACAUAUCUACCUGUGAGCUAUCGACUUAUGAAUGCAGAAACAGUCUUUUUUUUAAAGGAAAAUAACCAAGACUUUAUGAGGAACUCUAGUUUACAGUCCAGAGUAGAAACUUUUUUUAUUCACAAGUCUCGGAAACCUCCUAUUCUUAAUGUUAGUUAUGGACCUUUUUCUGCAGAACAGGACAUUCCAGAAGAUCUACUGCUUGGAUCAUCUGUCUUUGGAUUCAACAAGUUUAGCUUUAACUGGAAUCUCAAAGCCUAUAUCCUCAAUCAGAAAGUGUAUACUAAUAAACCUAAAGUUCAAGUUUUAUUUUACAUUGCAGGCAGAGAUUGGGAUGAUUAUAGUGCUACAGAAAAGCUUCCUUGCCUAAGAUUGUUUGCAUUUCGAGAAACUAGAGAGGCUAAAGGAAGUUGCAGGUUACAAGGGAUUCUGGGACUCUGCGUAGCUGAACUUGAAUUUCAACCUUCCUGGUUUAGUUUACCACCUAUUACAAGCCGUAAAAGAAAUCAAGAUCAGUUUGAUGGGAUCCCUGUUGAUCUUUAUUACAGUGUGCAGUCAGAGGAAGAGAAAACAGAAUGUACAGUUCAGGAGACCAGAAAAGGCAAUGCUAUUCGUCAAGGAAAGGACCCCACAGAGGACUCUGUGUCUCAGUUACAGAGAAUUGGGACUAUUACACUGUACAGAACUCCUGAAAAUUCUCAGCUAACAGAGCUUAGGCUUGACAGUCAUGUUGUUCUCUGGUUGCCAUCCAAACCUGCAAAGCAAGGAGAAGUUUUAAUAGUGUAUAUUACAGUUGCAAACAAUGCAACAUUGGAUCAGUUUACAUUAAGGGCCAAAGUGAAGAAAGGAGUCAACAUUCUGAAUGUGAAGAUCAGUGAUCCACAGCAGUGGGAUGUGCAGCAAGAACUGGGGAACGGUGGCAAACACUCUACAACUUCUGUUAUUUGUCAGAGAAUAGGACCAAGCACCAGGAACAGAAAUAACCUGUUUAAUGAGGUUGUACAGAUGAACUUUGAGAUUACCAGUUUCAGCAGUCUGUCUGGAACACAGCCUAUCUCAUGGCAGGUUGAGUAUCCUGGGAAAAGCACAACUGACAUUAUCCUAUCAGAAAUCUUCAUCAGCCAGAAAGACCUUGUUGGAAUUGUGCCUCUAUCCAUGGACACAGAGAUUUUGAACACAGCUAUUCUUACCGGAAAGACAGUAGCAGUACCUGUAAAAGUAGUGUCUGUUGAAGAAAACAACUACGUAAUGGAUAUUUCUGAGCUAGUGGAGUGUAAGUCUUCUGAUGAGGAUGUCGUAAAAGUGUCAGAGAGAUGUGACUAUGUGUUUGUGAAUGGAAAGGAAAUGAAAGGCAAGGUUGGCAUGAUGGUGAAUUUCACAUACCAGUAUUUGAGUGCACCCCUUCAGAUAACUAUCUGGGUACCACGGCUGCCUCUCCAGCUAGACAUAUCUGAUACUGAACUCAGUCAAAUCAAAGGAUGGAGAGUGCCUAUAAUUUCCAACAGAAGACCAACAAGAGACAGUGAUGAUGAGGAGGAGGAUGAACGCAGAGGUAGAGGAUGCUCACUUCAAUACCAACAUGCAAUGGUUCGUGUUCUCACACAGUUUGUUGCUGAGGAUUCAAGUCCUCUAGGACAACUGAUGUUCUUGCUGGGCUCAGAAUGGCAGUUUGAUGUGACAGAUAUGGUAACAGACUUCAUGAAACUCGAAGAGCCUCACAUAGCAAAGCUGCAAGAUGGAAGACUCCUGAUUGGACGGGAAGUUGGCAUGACAACAAUACAAGUGAUGUCCCCUCUUUCCGAUUCCAUCCUGGCAGAAAAGACAGUGACAGUGCUGGAUGACAAAGUGACAAUAACAGACCUGGGAGUGCAGCUUGUCUCUGGACUGUCACUCUAUCUUCAGUCUAGCACAGCAAAUAACAAGGCUAUUGUUGCAACCUCAACAGCUCAGGAGCUGCUUCAUGCUCCCAAACAGGAAGCUGUGAUCAGCACAUGGAUACAGUUUAGUGAUGGUUUGGUUACCCCUCUUGACAUUUAUGAUUUCAAGGAAUUUUCCAUAACUGCUACAUCAUUAGAUGGAUCUGUUGUAUCUACUCAACAAAGCAGUCUUUUAAGGUGGCCUACUAUUCUAGCAGAAGGAGAGGGACAAGGACCAUUGAUCAAACUAGAUAUGAUGAUCUCAGAGGCUUGCCAGAAAUCAAAGAGGAAAAGUAUUCUUGCAGUGGGAUAUGGCCACAUAAAAGUAAAGUUUGGUCAAAAUGAUGCCAAUUCACAAGUUGGAAGAGAGUAUGGUGGGGAGGAAAUUGAAAACCAUACUAGUGACCGAAGGCAGAAGGUGUCAGACAACGAACGCUAUGGUAAUGAUGGGAGGUUUGAUGAGUCUUCUCAAGAUCGAGAUAAAAGUUCUAUUCGUAAAGGAAGUACUACAGCUAGAUCAGUAUUAAAUAGAGUCGAUGGGAGCAGACUUUCUGAUGAUGGUCAUCUACAAAACAUCCCAAUAGAUUUUACCAAUUUUCCUGCACAGGUAGAUUUGCCAAAGAGCACUGAAGAAUUGGAAGACAAUGAUCUUAUGCAUGCACCUAGAGGAUUGAGCGAUCUUGAGAUUGGAAUGUAUGCUUUGCUAGGUGUAUUCUGUCUUGCUAUACUAGUCUUCCUAAUUAAUUGUGCAACAUUUGCCCUCAAAUACAGACACAAGCAAUUGCCUAUGGAAGGGCAAGCUAAUAUGACCCACUCACAUGACUGGGUUUGGCUAGGCAAUGAGACAGAGCUGCUAGAAAGUACACCAGAAAUUUCACCACAACAGGAUGAACAUACUACUAUUAUUGACAGGGGACCAACAUUGGAAGAUACAAACCAUAUUUUCAAUGGCAACACUCAGAAAAACGUGCAGAGUCAAAUACACCGGUCAGCCGAACAAACAGAUAAGGUUUUGAAAGACAAAAAAAAUGAACCUUUGCAUUCCCCAACUUCAAAGAGGAAACGAGUAAAAUUCACUACAUUUACCACCAUUCCCGCUGAUGAUAGUUGCCCAACUGUCAACUCUAUAUUGACAGGAAAUGAGGAUGAUAUUAAAUGGGUAUGUCAGGAUAUGGACCUAGGAGAGUCAGAGGAUCUCAGAAACUAUAUACAGAAGUACAAAGAAUAAUUAGAACUCUUAAGUGGUUAAUUAUAUUUAACCACUAUUUGAUGCCUUCACUUUUAUAGGUUAUGCUUAGAAGAAAAAAACACUGAUAUUCUCCAAGAGCAGUCUCUUCAAUGAUAUAUGAAGAUGCCAAAUUGUGUAUAGUUUUUAAAUCAAGCGUCUGCACACAGUAGAGGAACUUUAUCUGAAAAGAACUGAGGGAGAAACCUUGAUUGAAUUUUGGCAUAUGCAAAGUGAAAAUAUCAAUUAAAAUGCAUAUGAGCAUCACACAUUGGAGGUACCAAAAAUGGUUUGUAAAAUAUAAAUGACAUAUUGAAAAAAAUGCUUUAUAUUUCUAAUAAAAUGUAAUAAAGACAUAAUACAUAUUCAUUUCACAUUUUAGCCAAUCAGCUAUGCCCACUUCAUUUUACAAAUCAAUUGAUAAGGGAAAACACUUAUUUCUGCCUACAGUUCAUACUGGCUAAAGGGACAUUGUACUAUUUGUUUUUCAUUGUGUCAUCAAAAAUAAGACAUUGAAAAAUCUAUUGCAUCUUUUUGUAUUUGAAAAGAAAAAUAUGGAUGUUUCUAUGUUCAAUAAAACAUCUUUUACUUA